UGGACUUGUAAGUUUGUUUACUACGCGCUCGCAUAUUUGAUUAUAUUUAUUCUGGCGCAAAUAUACAAUACACAAAACCUCUAAAAUGUUUAAGAUAAGGAAAAAAGGAAUAUUGGGAAUUAUAUUUUCCGACUUGAUGUAAAUUUGUUUACUGGACAGAAGAUUGAUUAUGUUGAAGGAUGGAACGGCUACGCCGUUGUGGAAUUAAGCGCCUGCUGAAGGUGUGGCUUGGCUUUUCUAUAGGCAUGGUAUUCAGCUUUACCCUACUAGUCAAUGAAAUGGCGAUACAGUUUACUGGUUCUAAACAUCGAUUUUCUACGACAGCUCUGGAGGUUUCCAACUGGUAUAACUCGGAUAGAAACUUCUGUGGGGGCCAUUACACGGGAUACGGCCAUACCUUUUUCAAGUUGAAGUCUACCAUAUUUGACCCAAAGAAAAACGUUUUCACAAUACCCUGUAACGAAUGGAUGUUUUUACAUAGACCGUAUACGUACUGGUUUAAUGGAAAAUAUGCACCGGCGAGGUAUUCUAAAUCCUUAACCUUCAAUAAAGGUCACGAUUUACGAAAUAUUUUAAAAGAUGAGAAUAUUACAAUAGUUGUCUACAGAGAAUAUCCGCAUAAUUUCUAUCACGCCAUGACGCAGUGGUACAAUAUUUUCGUACUGUCAAAUCUUUUUAGCUUCAGCAUGAAGAGAGUUAAUAUUCUCUUAUUGGACACCGGCCCAGUGGUUCACAUUGAUGAACAGUGGAAGUUACUGUUUCAACAAGUGAUAAAAGCGGAUGAAAUUGACACUCCAAUGUAUUUUAAGGAGGCCAUAUUUAAUAUACCUGGGCAUGAAAGCCCAAUGUUCUAUUUUGAUCUUGUAAAACUACCAUUCAUAGAAGACUUUUCGAAUUAUGUUUUGCAAACUUUUGAUAUAAAAGGCAAGCAGUCUUUUGACUGUAAAAAAAUAACAAUAACUUUAGUUCUUAGGCGGGACUAUUACAUGCAUCCCGGCGUAAGUUCCGAGAAAAGAAUCGCAGAACGGAAGUUCAAAAAUGAGGACGAGUUACUUGCCACGCUCAGAUCAGAAUUUCCGGGUCAUACGGUGCAAACGCUAAUUGCGGAGGAAAUGUCACUUCCGGAACAGUUGUCACUGACCUCAAAUACAGACAUUUUGAUUGGAAUGCAUGGUUGUGUUCUUACACAAAUCUUAUUCUUGCCAAAACACGCCAUGGUGUUGGAAAUGUAUCCUGUCUUUUGGAAUGUUCAGAGAUUCUUUAGUUCUAUAUCCAGAUGGAGAAAUAUCAAACAUGAAUACUGGCAGAAUAGUGAGAACAGAUAUGAAUUUGCCAACCAUUAUACAUAUGUUCCAACAAGUGUUAUAGACGAAUUUGCCCAACGUGCUCGAAAACACUUUGUAUGUAAUUAACACAACUUACAAUCUUCAUGAUUCAAAAGUUCACAAAAAUAGUUUUCUGGUCUGUUUUAGGGAGAUUCAGAAAGAACAACAGACGAUAAAUUUUAAAAUUUGUAUUCAUAUUUUAGUGCUCUGCGUUGGAAGUUUUUACAUUUAUUCUAUCAGGACUUGCGUAUUAUGCUAAUAAUUAUUUUCGGAUAGUGGCAUUACCUAAAAACUUCCGCUGGGCCUGAUUCUUUAUGUAUAAUUUCGAGUUUACAAACUGUUUGCACGCAUGCAGUUGAUCCUUUACAGUGAGGAUCGAGUGUUCUGCCCACCUCAAAUAUUUUUAUCAUAAUUUUGAUAAAUUGUUUUCGUCAUCAUUUGAUAUCAGACUUAGUUAUUGAAAUUCGUUUUGAGUACUUUUCAGAGAUUUAAGCUUAAUGCGGGUGAAAGGAAACGAAAAGUGAAAUAGAAAAUAAAUUCUUUAAAUUUGUUCAAAGGGUUAUCUGAUUUUUCAUGGAUUUGGCAGUGAAUAACGAGCACUAGGGAAGAGAAUCGUUAC